AUGGCGAAGAAAGUAGUAGUCGACGUCGUCGACGCAAACGACAUCGAAGUCGUCAGUGUCGAAGGGCCAUCACACUUUUCUUUUCGAAUCGCAAAAAUGCCCCGUACGGUCCGAUUUUCGCUCGUCAUACUGAGCAGCCUCGUCUUGAGCUCGGGCCUCCUCACCGUCUUUUCGCUACAAACAGCUGGGCAUCUCGCGGGUAUCAGCAAGCAUCUGGAAGAAUGGUGGGAGAUUGUAGGACUUAUACUCUGGAGAGCUACUGAGCUGGGCUUGGCCUGGGUUUUUGGGUUUGAUAGCUUGGAUGUAGCUGAACUGACACUACUCACCCAUGCGCCCAUCUAUUUUCUCCUUUACAGCUUCUAUGGCGUUGAACCAUCAGCUGUCUUGACCACAUUUGCCAUUGAAAUCGUGUCCAAGACAGUACCAUUCUUUGUGUUCCGGGGCCCCAACUCGGUUCACGCCCUUUCAAGCCCUCGAGGAGCCGAAGUUUCCAAUCGCGAGAUUCUCCAAGACUACCCAACAGCUAUUUUUGCGUCUGGUGGUGCGGCUGCUAUCUAUACUAUCGUUAUGUACCUCAGUUUCAAUACAUGGUUACCAGUUCACUUGGUCACAUAUUUCGAUGGAAUCAGUGACAUUAGCCUCGUGCAUUCUGGGCCUGCUGGAUUUCCGAAGGUCCUUACACAGCUUUUUCUUACUGGCUAUGCAGCGUAUGACUUUCUAUUCGCGAGCUCCGCUGGCUGGUCUGCCAAGCCAGACAGUACAGAGAAGUCAGUUGCAGAGGGAGAAUAUCUCAUCACCUCCUUGUAUAAUCGGACGUGGGGAAAACUUUCGCCAAAGGGGAAGAUCCUUGCUAACCGCUCGUUUAUCUUGGCCAUCAUCACUCUUCUGAACACGAUCAUCGCAGGGACUGGCUCGAUAAAAGGUAUCGAGCUGAAAGGCUCCGUUGGCUGGGGCUCUUUGUGGGCUGUCGCGUCUUUGAUUGUUAGUUCCUUGUUUGCUUGGAUUGAGGCAGUACCAGGCGUUUGA